AUGGAUGAUUUUAACCGAUUGAUUCAUGAGGGUGGUUUGAUUGAUUUAAAUUCGCAUGGCAGUAAGUUCUCUUGGUGCAAUGGACAGCGUGGAUUAGCUAGAGCUUGGGCUAAACUGGACCGUGUCCUACUUGAUGCUAAUUUAAUGUCUACUUUCCCUAAUACGACUUGUUCAUAUUUGCAGAGGACGACUUCGGAUCAUUGUCCCAUGAUAAUAGAGUUCCUUAAGGAUCCUUAUUCGUAUGGCCCUUCUCCAUUUCGGUUUCAGAAAAUGUGGAUUGAGCAUCCAGAGUUUAUGGAUUUUGUAAAGAAUGUGUGGUUUGUACCAGUGGUUGGGACGGGGCUUGUUAAACUUGCUAGUCACCUUAAAAAGGUUAAGGUGGCUCUUCGUGAAUGGAAUAAGCGGGUGUUUGGAAGGACCAAUGCUCAUAUUGCCUCUCUUGAAGAGAAUGUUGAGGGGAUUGAAGGACGUCUGCAAAGAGAAUGGGAUAUAGAAGCCAAAAGGGAGCUUGUGGUGGCCUCUGUUGAGUUGUCUGCUUGGAGACGUAAGGAAGAUAUCAGAUUAGCUCAAAUGGCAAAAAUAAAAUGGAAGAUGGAAGGCAAUCUUAACUCGAACUUCUUUCAGGUAUGGUUAGCUAAUAAAAGACGUAAAAUAAUUCUAGGAAUAAGAACUUCGAACGGGAUUGAGUUCAAUUCACCAGAAGAAAUUCAUAAUGGUGCCGUUGAUUAUUUUGAGGAUUUCCUUAAAAAUACUAAUCAGUCAAGAGAAUUUCUAGAUUUAUCACAUUUAAUCUCGUCGGUUAUUGAAGAAGAGGAUUGUGCCCGCCUUUGUUGCAUCCCCUCCUUGGAUGAAGUCAAGGAGGCUCUCUCUUCUAUUCCUAUAAACAGUUCUCCUGGGCCAGAUGGUUUUUGA